GGGCGCAAACCCCUGCGUUAAAAUCCGUGAAAUGUACGUGAAAAAACACCUCAUGUACGUGAACGUACCGUGAAUGUACGUGAAUGGAUUUUGAGUGAUUUUUUGAAUGAAUGCAUAUGAUAUCUGUAUAGCAAUUUUCAACAGGUCUUAGAGAGUGGUUGCUAUGGCGGGCGCUUUAGUGGGAGCGCUGCCCUUCCCGGUCAGUGAGCUGACCUGGGAGAAGCUGCCGGCUGUGGUGGAAGCGGGCAAAUUGAGUUUUGAGAACGCAGUGAUGGUCAUGAAGCUGGUUCUUGGCGAACCUCCAGAGGAGAUCGACAUGAAGGCUUUGGAACGGCAGUGCCCUGGUGGUCAGCAAGCUGCGGCCAAAUCAAAAGCGAAGGCUAAGCCCAAGGCUAAGCCAAAAGCUUCUGGGAAAGCGAAGGCGAAAGGGAAGAGUCAACCGAAGGUCAAAGCGAAGGCAAAAGCUGCUGGUGGGAAGGCUCGGGCCAAAGCGAAGAGUGGAGCUUCGAAGAAGGUUGAGAUCGUUAUGAAGCGGCCUGCAGCAGCUCCUGGCCGGGUCAGGCGACCGCCUGUCAAAGAGCCGGAGCAGCCUGACUUGGUGCUGGAGCUCGAGCAGAAGAGGAAGAAUGAGGAGGAGGCUCCUGCAGCUGAUGCUUUUGAAAUUCCGUCUUGCUUGACACUGCAGCAGGGUUUGGAACAUGUGGAGCAGCAGCACUCGCAGCCUGCGCAGCCUACAAUUGAAGUGGACUCGGCUUCGCAGGCUUCCACCCUACAGCUCGGGGCAUCGGUGUCAACAGUGCCGGCGACAGCAGCGGAGCUUGAGAUGCGAGCGCAGCUGGCGACCCUGCAGGCUGAGCUUGAUGUCUUGCAGAAGAAGGGCCAGAGUGCGGCAGAUGACCCGCAGCAGCCACUGAGGCGCAUUCCUCCAUCGCUGGCGUUGGACACACCGAUCUUUGGGUCUCCAGACAACCAGAUGGGAUUGGAAGAGUCCCAAUUCGCUGACACCAAGGUACCUGCUUCCUCACUUGAUGAGCCUGCUGCAAUGGAGCCUGCACCUGCUGUGAGCCAUGCGGCUCCUUCAACCACGCCUGCUCCUGCUAUGUGCCCAUUGAUGGUGGCUGUACCGGAGGAGGCUGGCACUGCCAUGGACCAGUCAAAGGUGGCUCCUUCACCGGAGGAGGCUGCUGUGGCUAUGGAGAAGCCUGCAGAGCCUACUGCUCCUAUCGAUUCUUCACAGGUACCACCUGCUGCUCCUAUUGAACCACCUUCAAAUUUGGCACCUGCUGCUCCAAUCAAACCACCUUCACAUGUGGUGCCUGCUGCUCCUAUUGAGCCAACUUCAAAGGUGGAACCUUCACCACAGGAGAUGGCUGCUGGGGCUAUGGCUCUUGUGGUGGCACCUGCCACUGCUGCGAUGGCUCCUUCACCCGCGGAGCCUCCUGCUAUGCCAAAGGAACCUGCAAACGCACUGACCAUUUCGAAGGGUGCCAUGCCCGUGGAAUCUGUUCCUCCUGCCCACAUUCCUGAUCAGCCUCAAGUUGAUGAGCGAGACCAUGCUAUUGCAACUUUGCAGGCCAAGCUCAAGGUGUUGGAAGAUCAGUUAUUGUCCAACGCCAAGGCUUCCAAUGCCAAGGCUCCUCAAGUAUCUUCGUUGAAUGUGGUCACUGCGCCUCCAGCUGACCUUCCUGACCAUGCCAUGGUGGAGCUGGAUGGGGAGCCCCUCAAUCCAGUAGAGUUGGAUGAGGAGAUGCAGCGGCUCAUCAAUGAGAAUUCUGGCCCUGGCAGUACAUGGAAGGAUGAUGUAGUUGAUAACGAAGAGCAGGAGGAGAAGAUCAACUACAGCACCCACAGAAACAGUGGUAUGAGGUUGAACCGUUUCAUGGAAUCCAAAGAAGGUGCCAAGUUUCCACAUAUGAGGGCCAUGUUUGAAUCAGACAGAACGGCUUUGCUUCGUGUGUGGGUCCUGAACAAGGAGAACAGGAACCAGUGUGAGAGUGAGGUGAUCCUCAGCCGUUCCAAAUCGGCAAGGAUUGAAGGCAUCCGUGAAUGCAUCACUGUGAAGGAGAUGAUUAAGCGUGGCUGGCCAAAGGGCAAGAUCUUGGGAGCGAUCCAGAAAGGUGGUGGCAUUAAGGACGAGCAUGAUCCUACAGAUCCCACCCUGACGUCCUAUUGGUGCAUCACAGGCCGGAAAAAGGUGGACAGCGAGGAGAUGAAGCAGGAGUCAACGAUGCGGGUGAAGACAGAAUCCAAUGCAGAGUCUCUUGAUGCGCUGCUUGGAUCAACUCCUGCGCUGCCACCUUCAUUGGGCCUAAGCGCUGCAGCUUCUGGGAUGUCAGAUGAGCAAGUCAAAGCUUUGGCUGAUGCCUUGGGUUCUGCCCGAGAUCGCCUAGAAGUGCAACGCCGGGCAGAGCUGGAAUCAUUGUCUGAUGAGCGCGGCGUCCACACUGCGUCGCGGCGGUGCGGCCUGGCACUUCCCGUGGAGGUGCAGUAUAUGCAGCUGCCGGUCUGCAGCGAUUACAAUGAUGCUGGUGAGGCCAUUGUCGAUAUCAUUGACUGGUACUUGUACGAUGACAAUGGAAUCAACAUCACAUUGCAAGCGGCUGCCCAGUGGAUUGCGGAAUCCAUCAACCGCUUAUCUGUGGAUGGUGUGCGAUUGAAGGAUCCCACUACAGGAGAGGAAGCGGGCCAUUUCUAUGGGUAUGCAGUCCACUUCAAAGGUGACUGGAAAUAUCUUGUGGCUUUGUUCAACAUGACCCAGAGCGCCCAGCAAGAGCAGGUUUGUUGGAAGUGCGGCGCCAGCAAGGGGACUUCAGAUCCCAAUAUGUGCUAUGUGAAUUUGAACCAUGAUGCGCCCUGGCGUCGCACCGCUGUCUCUAUGUGGAGCGUUAAGCCUGCUUUCGCAAACAUUGUUGGAUUCUCAAAAGAGAUGGUUGCGCCAGAUGUGCUGCACUGCUGGCACCUUGGUGUUUGCAGGGAUUUGAUUGGAUCCGUGGUCCGCCUAUUGGUGUCAGAAAGAUAUUGGCCAGGGUCCAACAUCAACGACCGUUUAGCAUUCGCUACUGCUUCAUUGAAAAGGUGGGCGAAGCAUCGUGCAUUGAGCCUGACUAUCAAGCGAUUGACAAAGCAAAACCUGUCUUGGGGUGAUCAGUACUUUGGAUAA